CGCUCCGCGCAUGCGCCGCCGGCUCGGCCCCAGCGGCCUUCCGCGCCGCCAGUGCCGCUAGGAACCUGCGAGUGUGAGCAGUGCCUUCCUGCCAGCUCUGCUCUGAGUCGCGACCAUGAGUGAUCCCAACCCCAGCACGCAGAGUAUAGCGGACUACCUGGCGCAGUUGCUCAAGGACAAGAAGCAGCUGGCUGCUUUUCCCAAUGUCUUCAUACACGUCGAGAGGCUCCUGGACGAAGAGAUCGCCAAAGUGAGAGCGAGCCUCUUCCAGAUAAAUGGCAUGAAGAAGGAGCCGCUGGUGCUGCCCGAGGCGGAGGGUCAGACCACCACGCUGACGGAGAAGAUCUACGUGCCCGUCAAGGAGCACCCGGACUUCAACUUCGUGGGCCGGAUCCUGGGUCCCCGCGGCAUGACGGCCAAGCAGCUCGAGCAAGAGACGGGCUGCAAGAUCAUGGUGCGCGGACGCGGCUCAAUGCGCGACAAGAAGAAGGAGGAACUGAACCGCGGCAAGCCAAACUGGGAGCAUCUAAAUGACGACUUGCACGUGUUGCUAACUGUGGAAGACACAGAAAACAGGGCAACUCUCAAGAUGCAGCGCGCUGUCGAGGAAGUGAAGAAGCUGCUCGUUCCCCAGGCUGAUGGUGAGGACGAGCUGAAGAAGAGGCAGUUGAUGGAGCUUGCCAUAAUCAAUGGCACAUACCGUGAUUCCAGUGCCAAGGCAGCAGCUGCUGCAGGUGAGAUCGCGGUCUUGACAGCAGCGGCAUGUGAUGAGGAGUGGCGCAGACUGACAGCCGCAGCAGCUGCGGAGACGCAGCGACUCUUGUCGCCGGGGAUGCCGACUCUGACUGCACCGGGAAUUCGUGCCCCUGCCACGCCACUGGGUGCACCACUCAUACUGUCACCUCGCCUGCCUGUGCCAACUACAGCUGCUUCGGCACUCCUCAAUGGCUCUGCUGGCCCACAGGCACCAUUACUGUCACCUCAUGACCCGCACGGCCUCAUCUACACGCCAUACGCAGAAUAUGCCAACUACUUGGCUGCGUCGCCGCUGCUGACAGAGUACGCCACGGCUGACCACACGGAGCAGCGGUGGGUCACGGUUGGGGUGUAAACCACUGGUUGCAUGCACGAUGGCCAGACCAUCGGUAGCCGUUGGUUGUUUGUGCAUUCACGGCAACAGGAAAGGGAGAAAAACCAUAUGCUGCCUCAACCUGGAACAACAGCUUUGACCAUGUUAUACUAUCAACCUGACCAGUUUUUGUAAUUGAAACAAAGCUUAAAUUUGGGUGUUUGUGUUUCAUAUUAGCUUUUGUCUUGAAGAGUGAAUUAAAUUAUUAGUGUAUUAUAGUUUACGUGUAUUUCACACAUGCACAAGGAUUUAUAUGUUUAAAAAGUGGGGAAAUGAUGCAAAAAUUACUUGUUACUCUUCAUUCCCAGAACCAGUUAUUUGUUUGGCACAGUAAAGAUGCAGAUAAAAGUUGCUGCAUGACAUUUAAAUGACACUUUUGAAUAUUGUUACCGUUUCUUCCACCACUGCAAUUAAACAACUCUUGAAGUUCGAUCUGACAGGAAAGAUAGUUUAACAUGGUCUUUUUGAUAUAAAACUAUAUUGCCUUAAUUUCUAUUGUAGACAUACUUUUAACCAGUUGACAUAGAAUACAAUACUAUGUUCAUAAUGAAUGAACUGAAGUUUAUAUACUUUUGUAAACUUAUUACAUUCGUUAGCCGUUAUGUUGCAUAUAGGCCAAGUGUAGAAGUGUGCUUAAAUUGGUAAGAGGAGUAGAAUGACUGAUGUUUGAAUGAAAUGUUAAAGGAGAAAGGGAGAGUAACAUCACCACUUUCACAUCACAUCAAAAGUGCUAAAAAUGAUGCUGUGAUAUAUUAUCCCAAGAAUUUGCAUACUUUUAAAAUGAGUAUAUUGCAGAUUAUUUGCUUGCAUACAAAAAAUAUAUUUUAAAACUUCUGCAAAUCAAACAUUCACAUACAUGCAGUCAUGCUGUAUUAAUCAUUAUUUGUGUGCUUUAAGAUUAGUACUUUGUUCUUUAUUGCCAACGUGGUGAUUUUCUCUCCUCUUACUGAAAAAUGGUGUGUAUUUAAUAAAUAGUGUUGAUUUGUUGUUGUUCAUAUAAAACUGAAAGGAAAUUAUGGCUUUAUCUUUUUUUAAGCAUGUUAGAAUCAUUAAAUGUGCUGCUCUGCUCUGUAUGGGUACUUUGAAGGUGUGAUAUAGUAGUUUUAUUAUUGCGAUAUUUGCAUGUGUGUGCAAGAGGAAUGGAUGUGAUUUUAGCUUCUUGAUUCAUAUUAUAGCUUUUUUGUUUGUUUAAACUUGUGUGCUAUGAGAAUAUCUUUAGUGAAGGUGAUGGGCUUGCAAAGUAUUGUACUGAAAUGCAUUGAGUAUUAGCUGCUUCAUUAGUUAUAUUGGUAGUGUAUACCAGAUAGAGGUGGUGGUGAUCAUUAAUCUCCUAGCUGCUGUAAUAAAAUUGAAGUAACACACAAUAUCUUCAUACAUCUGAUAAUGAACGAUACAGUCUUUCAGUUAAAGUUUAUCGUCUCCUAAUGGUAUUACAUUCACAACUGAUAAAUGUGAGACUACAUUAAAACUGCAUAGCUUUCCACUCUUUCUAACUUUAUAGGGACCAAUUAGUGCGAGUUCCAUUUCUUAUAUCUAAUUAAAUAUCUUUAACAAUAAAUAACAGGUCUAUAAUUACAGUUAACCUCCUGCAGUAAGGAACUCGCAGACUUUAUAAAUGAGUGCAUAACUUUUCUGUAAACACUCCAGAAGCUGAAUAACUCAUCUUUUCUGUAGUUCUCAAACAGUUUGGAAAAAAAAAAUUGACUUCUAACGCAGGAAAAUGCAUAACACUGACCAUAUUCUCCAUAUGAUGGGUGAUAACAUUUAUAAUGACACAGCAUUACACAGGAUGUAUUCAACGUAGCAUAUACAUAUAAACUUCAUAGGAUGAAUAACUGUCAUACAUAAUUAAAUAUGUCUUAUAAUAAUUAAUAUUUCAUGACAGUUAGGUGUCUGGAAUACAAAAAUCGUGCAUAAAGUAUUCUUCAGAUGAUCUGUAGAUAUUAUUGAACUAAUCUGAAAGCAAAAUGUAAUUUUAUCUACCUUGCUUCCUCCAUAAAUGAUCAGAUAAUUUGUUAUUGAGUGCUUGAACACUGUAGUGCCAUAUAAAUCUUGAUUUGUGAGGUAGCUCAUGUAUUACUUUUUAAAAUAACUGUGUUAUAACAAAAUUAAAAUGUAUUUAUUAAUAGGGCAACAAUUUCUUUCAAGAAAGUCAGUUCCUUUGUUAUUGCCUCAGACACUGUGUAUGUAUAUGUUUGUAGCUGUGUAUAAAGUGUGACAUGGUUAUGCAGAAAUCUGUUUCAAGUAUUACAUGUAUGGAGAAAAAGGCCCAUGACAUAAAUUAAUGGAAGUUUUUAUUUAUGAGAGACUGAAUUUGGGACUUCUAAGUGUUAAUAUGGCUGUAUAUUUGUAAAGGUCCCUUUCUUAAAGUUUUGCAGUAACUUAACAGUUGCAGUACUAUGGUAGAACUGUGUGUGUGUGUUUGUGUGUCUCACUGAAUACAGUGUUAUUCAUAUAUUUUUCCUACUUUGCAUGUGAGAAUCUGUACUUCAAAUAAUAUCUUGCACAGUGAAUAUAUCAUGCAAUUCGUGAAAAAAGGUGCAUUUCCCCAGAAAAAUUACACUGACCCUUUUUUAAUGUUUUAUAUAAUUUGGUUUCAUUGUUUAUCUACUUGUCAGAUGUGUAAAUAUUUGUAUUCCAUGCAGUUUGUUGCUUCCAUGUUGUAGAAUGAAUUUCAGUACUACAUAAUCUUGACAAAUGCUUUAAAGUCCAUUUGUUUUGUGUGACCGAAUGAGCAGGUGCAGCAGCUAAACAACGGAGACAUUUGGGUCAGUUACGGGAACAUCCCUAUCAGAGGGCUGGGGCUCUAUCAUGAAAACCCACUGCCUGAUGGCAAGGUUAGUUUUCCUCUGUACCUCUUUUAAAUCUUUCUUGUGUUUUCAGUUACUGCAGUCAUUUCAUGCAAUGUAAGUCACACUUUUGUCAUUUGAUGUUGAGGAUAAAUGAUUAUAGUGGUGCUGCACAUGUCAUAAACAAUUCUUGCUUUUGUUUAUCAAUGCAUUCUUUGAAACUGCUUCACAAUAUAUUGUUCUACUGCAUUUCAGUAGAGAUAAAAUUUUCAGUCUGUUUAAAAACAACGUUCAGUCAUCUCAAAUAUAAUUAUACCGGUUGGUUGCAAACAAAGCAAGACUUCUUUAUGAAAUGUGUGUGAAGAGUCAUGAAAUGUUUACAAGAACACUGUAGAAGGAUGAAAAGAGGAAAGAAGGACAGCUCUUUUUGAUCAUAGUUGGAGAAAAACAUCACAUACACAAAGUGUACAUUUUAUUUACGUGUAGUACUGGACUUAAAAGUCCCUAGUUUUUGGUUACCUUAGGGAAGUAGACAAACUGAGAACAAUAUUACAGUAGGUUACUGUAGAUUUCUAUUAUGUCUUUAGUACUGCAGCUAGUCUCCAGUUCAUGACAAUUUAUUGCAACAAUAAAUGCUACUGAAGUUUUUCGCAUUCGGGAAAUGUGGCGCCAUUGCUUUCUUGAAGUGUGACAAUCAGUAAUAUUUUAAAAUCAAAAUAAUUAUCGUUUACUUAGGUGUUUUAGUCAUUCUUUUUUAUCUUACGUUGUGUACAGAGAAAGUAUAAACUUCAUGAUUGAAUUAUUUAUUUCUUUCAUAUUGAUCAGUUUUAUUAUUUUUAUAUUUUAACGGUUUAUUUUAUAUAUAUACACACACCAGACAUACUGAGAAUAUUUACUAUUCCUUAUGUAUAAACUUUUCAUUGAGAUAUUAUAUAUGUUUUGUAGUAUUUCAUAGUAUUUUUAUCGUAUGGUUGUGAUAUUUUUCCAUCAUAUGAUACUGAAUGAAUGUCAUUGAUAUGGAAGGAGUGUCAUUGUUUUACGUCCUUCUUUCCUCAGUUUUUAAUUGUAUAUAAGAAAGUGAAGUAUGUUGUCCUGUUUUGUAAGGAUAUUUAUGUUAUGCCUUCAUAAAAAUGGGGGGUUGAUCAGUACAGUUAUUUAUAUUCUGUGUAUUCUUUCCAGUUCGUAAACUAUUUUGUAUUUUGUUGAUUUAUGCUUGUUGUGGAAUCAUGCAAUGAGAUUUUUUACAAUGGAUUUGUAUAUGUUUAGUGCAAACAAGAAUACGAGGAAAAAGAAAUAAAUAAAUGAAAGAAACAGAAGUCAAA